AGAACUGGUCAUACGUUUGAUCGCUGUGUGAUUGCAUCUCUAUGCCAGAGUUACCUGAAGUUCAUCGUAUCGCUGGUAUCGUACGGAGAGCAGCUCUUGGAAGACGGAUUCGUGCUAUCCAGUCUACCGAAGACCCUCUUGUGUUUGCAGAUGGAAUAACAAAUGAGGUCUUUGAGGAGGAGCUAGUAGGCCGUACAGUCACGAAUGUAGGGCGUUAUGGCAAGGUUUUCUACGCUGAACUUGAUGGCACAGGACGGCAUCCUGUCAUGCAUCUCGGCAUGACUGGGAAUAUGUACGUUAGGGGCACGAAUCCUAACUUCUAUAGGAGCUCUCCAAAGAAGGUGGACACACAGUGGCCACCCCGGUUCUGGAAAUUCAUCUGGAAGAUGGAAAGCACACUGACUGAGCCGGAGACUGAACUUGUGUUCGUGGAUGCACGUCGACUGGGACGAAUACGAUUGUGCAAAGAUGUCCUGGGCGAACCUCCCAUUUCGAUGCUGGGUUUUGACCCAAUACUCUCCAUUCCAACCCUGGAAGAAUUCUCAUCGAAAGUUCUUAAGCGAGGCCUCCCCAUCAAGUCCCUGCUUUUGGACCAGACGUUUAGCGCGGGAGUCGGCAAUUGGGUUGCCGAUGAGAUUCUAUUUCAUGCUCGAAUCCAUCCCGAACAAAGAUCUAAUAAUUUGGGGGAGAAUCAGGUCAAGGAAUUGUAUGACAAGAUUUCCCUGAACACUGGCUAUUCAGGCACCGUUGGGCGAGCAUAAACUCAUAAACUCGUCUUGGGUCCACACUUUUCCAUUAGGGGAAAGGGAAAGGGAAUUCUUCGGACCUGAAGUUGCCGUCUGGCGAGCCAGCGUUGAUCAAGUGGAUCACUGUCGGCUCUCGCACGUCCGCAUUCGUGCCCAAAGUCCAAGUAUUGAUGGGAACUAGAGGAGGGAAAGAAGGGACACACAAGGAAGGAGAUGAAGGAGCCCAUUCUUCAG